AUGUCGUACAUCACGAGAACCCUCACUAACCUGUGGAAGGCGGGUUUAAAGGACUCCUGGCGCCAAAUGAACUACAUCGGCGACACCAAAGCCGGUACAUUGAUCGGUUCCGACCGAUUCGGCAACAAGUACUACGAGAACAACGAAGAACUACCUCUUCGAACAAGAUGGGUGGACUACAAGUUGCACGACUUUGAUGCAUCCCAGAUUGAACCGGGCUGGCAUGCCUGGAUGUCUUACGCCGUCGACAAGGCUCCCAGUCAGGACCCCUCGAUAUCAUACCAAAGACGGCCAUGGGAGGACCGCGAUGCCAAGACCAUCCCGAACUACACCUUGGGCCGAGGAGCAUACACGCCAUACAGCACCACAAAGUCGAAGAUUGCGAUGUGGGAGCCAGUGGCCGCCGAGAGAAAGUAG